CUGCGGUCUUGUCAUGUGCGCCUCUAUAAAUACUGAAAUACCUGGAGUUUUCCCUGCCUAUAGUAAGACACAUUCCGUCGACCCGUUCCGGUCAGUACCAUCUCUGGAUACUCUUGUAUUUUUUCUUUGAAGGGCUUUGGACAAGAACGAAGAUGAACAAACUCAACGAAUUCCUUUCAGUGGGUGUACUAAUAGCGGCAGUCAUAGCAGCCGUGCAUGCGGAUGCAUUGUCUAAGACUCAGUCGGACAACUCCUUCGGAGACAACAGCGGAUCUGGGGACUUUCAGAAGUGGUACGACUGGUAUAGCAAGCGAGGUUUUGGACACAGUAAGUCAUUUGGAAAAGAUGACCCGGAAACUCUUCAAAAAUGGCACGAAUGGUUAUCAAAGCGAGGCUUUGGAUCCAGUGGCGAUUCUUUUGGGAAGCAGAGUCCUGAAGGUCUUCAGAAAUGGCAUGACUGGUUAUCAAAGCGAGGCUUUGGAUCCAGUGGCGAUUCUUUUGGGAAGCAGAGUCCUGAAGGUCUUCAGAAAUGGCAUGACUGGUUAUCAAAGCGAGGCUUUGGAACCAACGGCGUCAACUUUGGCAAGAACCACCCCGAGAAUCUGCAGAAAUGGCGCGACUGGUUGUCAAAGCGAGGGCUAGACGACACCAGAAGCGCAUUUGGAAAGGCCGAUGGAGAAAGUUUUCAGAAAUGGAACGACUGGUGGAAGAAACGAGGAUUCGGAUACAGCAAAGGUUUUGGCCAGGGCAAGCCUGAAAAUCUUCAAAAGUGGCACGACUGGGUAUCGAAACGCGCGUUUGGCUCUGGGCAGAUCGGUUUCGGUCAGCAAAGUGACGCCGAUUUGCAGAAGUGGCAGGAGUGGCUUGUGAAGAGAGGAUUUGGAUCCCAUCAAGGAUUCGACAACCUGGAUGCUCCCAAGCUACAGCAGUGGCACGAAUGGGUGGUCAAACGUGGAUUCGGCAAUCAAGACUUUGGACUCGGACAAGGCAACCUCGCCGACUACGGCAAGUUCAUGAAGUGGGACGAUGUGUUUAAUAGCGGGGUUGCUAAGCGACAGCUUCGCAGCUUUACACCUCACUUCGGCGCCUACAAUAAGUAUUUCACCGACAAUCUUCAGGACUGGCGCAACACGUUCACGGGGCUCAAGCGACAGUCUUCGAAACACUGAAACGGUGGACCAGUCUAUUGUGUCACCUAAUUUUUAAAUAAAGAAAAACAUUUAACUAUGGUUAUGACAGAAACACCAAAACGAGACGGAAGGAUAAGGAAAUCUGCAUGUGUAUUCACAAUGGUUAAUGAUGCUACUUUCUAGACAGUAAUAUGAUAAAUAUGAAAUUUAUAGGCGUUCAGUGUUUUGUAUGUCUAGGUGACAUUCAAGUGAUGCUCAAUAACAAAAUAACCGAUAUCAAGACUAACAUCUACACUUAAUAAAUUACACAAAUAACAUUUUAUUUUUGACACUAAUAUCAGUUUGUCAGAUACAUGCUUAUAGAAUAUGGCAAUAAAUCAGCUAUACAG